AUGAAGAAAGCAACGCCCGGGGCUCUUCAGGUCGAGGUGAGCACCGACGAGGAAUGGCGACAGUUAUUGAGUCGCCCGGGUCUGAUGAUCGUGGACGUCUACUCGGAUUGGAGCGGGCCGUGCACCGCGAUGGCGAGUACCCUGAGGACGAUCAAGAUAGACGUAGGCGACGCGGUGGAUUUCGCGAUCGCGCGGAACGACGACAUCGACGACUUGGCGAGAUUCCGCGGCCGAAGCGAGCCCGCUUGGAUGUUCCUGCAGGACGGUAAGAUGGUGAACCUGAUGUUCGGCGCGCACUGUCCGCGGCUGCGGAAGCUGGCGAUGGACGAGAUAAGGAGGGUACAGCACUUGGAAAUUCCGAAGUGGCGGCUGGAUGUGUGCGAACGAGCUCCCGAGGAGGAAGUUCGAUGGCAGCAGCAGGAAGCCGUUAGGCGAGUGUUGGAGGAGAAGAAACGAGCGAAAGAAGAGGCCGCGAGGCUGGAAAAAUACGAGCGAUUCAUGGCGCAAAUGAUGAUCGAGUUAUGCGAGAAAACGGUGCUGGUGCUUUAUCCGUGGGUCUUCAAGGAUGAACGCGGCAGACCGCGGGACAAGUGGCAGAGUCUGCCGUACACGGAACUGGUGCAGGAUCUCUUCAGACAGUGUUUCGACGUGCAGGAAGAGCUGCGAAUCCAACUGAACGAGGACAUGAUCGAGAAGAUGUUCGUCGAGAGCGGCGUCGACAUCACGAAGGACUUGAUCAAAGGCUUGACCGAUGGCAAGUGCAUGGCGAUGAGGCUGAAGGGCAAACCGCCGCAUCCGGAUUGGCCGGUGCAUUAUCCGUACGAAGGUCCGGAACGCGACUCGGUGAAAUAUCCGAUUCGCAUGAUCGACGACGUCGAGAACUAUCUCAUCAGCAUCGUCACGACGCAGCCGCUGCCACUUCUGCAAGCCGGAGUCGGCGGGCCUCUGAUCAGACCGACGUACGAUGUGCCUUACAUCGAGAGACACGUACACGUGCACGCACCGGACCCGGAAAUUGAGGGCGACACGCGGCGGGUUCAUCCCGCCGCUUGGGUACCUCCUCAUGCUAGAAGCAAAAUUCACGUCUUCAAGACUCUGUUUCCGGUUUACUUGGAAAAGACUCAUCCUUACGAGGAGCCGACACCUUCUCUACCAUUGUGCGCCUUCAAGUUUGAAGCGUCGAAAUUCGGCGUCGUGCGAGACGCAUAUGAAAUGUAUCGCGAUGCUAUCGAACACUUUGGCGUUUUCGAGUUCGAUCGACCACCUUAUACGAGACGUCUCGCGUCCUCGCCCGAAGAUUUCGAGAACAAGGUGAAGUACAAAACUGGCGUCGAGGUGUUCGUAGUGAUAAUUCGAAGGAUCAAGGAAGAAGCUUUCUUAGCUUUCGCCAGCAUCGAACCGUUCUUCGUGACAGCGGUUGAUGAGGAAGCACAAGGAAUGUUAACGGAAUAUUUCCCUGAAGGAGCUGAGGAUGUGAUACUAUUAGAGCCAGAUGAGGCACUUUAUGAGGAUGAAGAAGAAGAAGAGGAGGAGGAGGAGGAAGAUUAUGAAGAAGUGGAAGAAGAGGAAUUUAAUGAAAAUAAUGUUUACCCUUUCUAUUGA